CUUCUUCACGUCCUUCAUCUCCUCAUGAUCUUCAACAAGUGGACCAGCUCAUUGAAGAGUUACUUUCUUCCCCUGCCCAUGAAGUUGUUGGCUCAGAGAUAGAGGUGUUGAAGUCGAUCUAUGGAGAUGAGGCUAUUCGUUCGUGGAAGAGAUUUCCAACAGAUGACACACUUCGCUUCGAGAUGACAAUAGACUUUCCAUCCCCUUACGACGAUGUAAAAAUCAAAGUAUUGAUAUCUUUGUUGACUACCUAUCCCGAAGAGUCACCUCCCCAGCUUCAGCUCCUUUCACGCUAUAUCGGAGCUUUUGGUGUAGACUCUGUCCUCUUUGGUUCCGUCCUGCGGACGUUCAUUUCUGCUAACGGAGUCGAAUGGACCAAGGGUGCCGUUUGUGUAUUUGACGGUCUACAGAAUGUCCUAGAUCGCUGUGUUCAAUGGUAUGAGGAUCACCUGAGCGCACAAAAGGCAGGCGAGGUUUUACGUGAAUAUGCCUCUGAAUCCCAUCAUCUGGCUGGACAGCCUGCUGCCCUGGAUGAAGUGGCAUAUACCCCAAACGCGCAAGAAACGAUUGAUUUGCCCUCAGGUAUUCAAAUUUUUGAAGCAGAGCCUAUUCUAGAUCGCAAAAGUACAUUUGUUGGACGAGCUUGUGCUAUUACAGAUCCAUCUCAGGUCCCACUUAUCCUUUCUUACCUAUCGUCCGAUCGCCAUAUAGCCCGUGCAGCACAUCCUACCAUCAAUGCAUGGCGGUGCCAGGUUGGUAAGAUCCUUCACCAAGACAAUGCCGACGACGGUGAAACUGCUGCUGGUGGGCGACUAUCGCAUCUGUUACAAAUCCUUGAAAUUGAUAACGUGCUGGUCGUUGUAACACGUUAUUACGGCGGUAUACAUCUAGGUCCAGACAGGUUCAAACAUAUAAAUCAAGCAGCACGAAACGCUUUAGAGCUUGGCGGUUUUCUGGAUGAUGUAGAUGGACCGAAAAAGCCGAACCCUCGUGGAGGAAGAAAACGUUGAAUUUGCUUGACUUGAUGUAGAUAUACGUCUAAACGUUACAGCUUUGAAGACCGUUGUUAUCUUUACAGUAAUUCCGCAGUAAGACUCAAGGUGAGCUCCACAAGAAGAGGAAUCCACUUCAAUUCCAUGUCUAUGUAUACUUGAUCAGUAUUUUGGAAAGUCCAAGUGUGUUGCAGUUUGCAACUUGCAACAAUGCCUACUACUCCGGAUCUAAGCUUCUAAUGAGAGACAAACGGUUACCAUUGAUUCGC